AUGGCCUCAAUAUCUAACAUCACACGUCGUAUAUUAUCACGUAGACGUAAUUCUACCAGUUCAAAUUCAAGUCGAUUAUCCAUAUUCGAUUCCAAUAGUAGCAGUAAUGAUAAACUAUCUGCAAUGCCCGGUUCAUAUCCUUUUCGUUCCGAUGAAAAUAGUAUACGAGAAAAUUGUGAACUUGAAAAUGAAUCUACUUCAACUGAUCUAGUUAUAUGGCAAAAGUUACGUCGUAACGUUUCAACUCCGAAUUUUCAACAACGUCAUUUAACUCAACAUAAUCUACUCUACAUUCUUGAUAAAAAUCUUCCACCGAUCCCUGUUGUUGGUACACGAAGGCGUAAAGAAUUAUAG